CGCAUGGAGCCCGAACUGGAGAGCGCGCUGCCCACGACCCAACCCUGGAGCAGCCUUGGGGGCCGCCAGCAUCAAGAGAUGAACUUCCUCGAGCAAAGAAAUAGCAAUUCGUGGCCAUCUCUGGCCGUAGCCACCAGUUCAGAAAGAAGCCAGGGGAGACGGGGGCCCAAGGCCUUGAGGUGGACAAGGCAAGAGGCUAUGGAGGAGGAAGACCUGCCACGCCAGGAGGAAGGUCCCCCAUCCAGGCCAGCUGCUGAGUCCACCAGGCUGGAGGCCACAUUCCCCAAGACCACACCCUUGGCACAAGCUGCCCCCACAGCCGGGGUGGGCACCCCACCAACAGAGUGGGACUUCCUCCCUCCUGACUGUGCAGCCUCAGCUGCUGGCGCCAGCACCCAUAAUCUGGGACUGCGCCUAGAGUUCCCAGCCACGGCAGCCUGGGGGUAUGAGCUGGAGAGCUUGGCAGCAGAGAGGCCUGGCCCAUGCCCAUCGCCACUGGCCCCGUUACCCAGACUGGGCUGGGAUGAUGAGCUGCAGAAGCCGGAGGCCCAGGUCUACAUGCACUUCAUGCAGGAACACACCUGCUACGACGCCAUGGCCACCAGCUCCAAGCUGGUCAUCUUCGACACCACGCUGGAGAUCAAGAAGGCCUUCUUUGCCAUGGUGGCCAAUGGUGUCCGGGCGGCCCCGCUGUGGGACAGCAAGAAGCAGAGCUUUGUGGGGAUGCUGACCAUAACAGACUUCAUCCUGGUGCUGCAGCGCUACUACAGAUCCCCCCUGGUCCAGAUCUAUGAGAUUGAAGAGCAUAAGAUUGAGACCUGGAGGGAGAUCUACCUUCAGGGCUGCUUCAAGCCUCUUGUCUCCAUCUCUCCCAACGACAGCCUCUUUGAAGCUGUCUACAGCCUCAUCAAAAACCGGAUCCACCGCCUGCCAGUGCUGGACCCUGUCUCGGGCGCUGUGCUUUACAUCCUCACACACAAGCGGCUGCUGAAGUUUUUGCACAUCUUUGGUGCCCUGUUGCCCCGGCCCUCCUUCCUCUCCCGUACCAUUCAAGAUUUGGGCAUCGGCACAUUCCGAGACUUGGCUGUGGUGCUGGAGACAGCCCCUGUCCUCAGUGCACUGGACAUCUUUGUGGAUCGACGCGUGUCUGCGCUGCCGGUGGUCAAUGAAGCUGGUCAGGUCGUGGGCCUCUACUCCCGCUUUGAUGUGAUUCACCUGGCUGCCCAGCAAACUUACAACCACCUAGACAUGAGCGUGGGAGAAGCGCUGAGGCAGAGGACACUGUGUCUGGAGGGAGUCCUGUCCUGCCAGCCCCACGAAAGUCUGGGGGAAGUCAUCGACCGGAUUGCCCGUGAGCAGGUCCACCGGCUGGUGUUAGUGGACGAGACCCAGCAUCUCCUGGGCGUGGUGUCCCUCUCUGACAUCCUCCAGGCUCUGGUGCUCAGCCCUGCUGGCAUCAGCGCCCUCAGUGCCUGAGCAUAUCCAAGUCCUCACUCCCAGGGCACCUUCCACGCCCGGAAGUCAAUGAAGGGCGCAGGAGAACUCAACCUUCUUCUUCCUCCACUGUUGUUUGCUGGUUCAGCUCAGAAUCAGG